AUGUUGAACUUUAAGGAGUUUUGGACCAAGAAAACAUUGGUGGCUCUUGGAUUGGGACAGUUUCUCUCUCUUCUUAUUACUUCUACUGGAUUUUCAUCCUCUGAACUUGCUAGAAAAGGAAUUAAUGCACCAACUUCUCAAUCUUUUUUAAACUACGUCUUCUUGGCCAUUGUUUAUGGAAGUAUUAUGCUUUACCGGAAGCAAGCACUUAAGGCAAAAUGGUACUACUACGUGAUUCUUUCAUUGGUGGAUGUUGAGGCCAAUUUUCUUGGUGAGUAUAUUCCUCUAGUGGUGUAUGAAGUUGCACUUGCAUAUGCUGCUGAUAAUCCGUUCUGCUAUGUGGUUGAAACAAUUCUUAAAAGAAUUGAUGAAUUAACAAACGGGAACUACAUAUUCUACCUUGAUGUCACUGACCUUACUGGCACUUGCAUUUACAGAUUCAAGAAAAUAGCUGGAGUAGUUGUUUGUGUUGCGGGCCUUGUUAUGGUUGUUUUUUCAGAUGUUCAUGCUGGUGAUCGAUCAGGAGGGAGCAACCCUCGCAAAGGAGAUGCUCUUGUUAUCGCUGGCGCAACGCUGUAUGCUAUAAGUAAUGUCAGUGAGGAGUUUCUUGUGAAAAAUGCUGAUAGAGUUGAGCUCAUGUCGCUGCUGGGCUUUUUUGGUGCCAUAAUCAGUGCCAUUCAAAUUGAUAUCUACAGAGGUCUUCUGGAGCGUGAAGAAGUUAAAGCGAUUCAGUGGUCAGCUGGUGCAGCUCUUCCUUUCUUUGGAUUUGCAGUGGCAAUGUUUUUGUUCUACUCAUUAGUCCCGAUAUUGCUUAAGAUUAGUGGUUCCACAAUGCUCAACUUGUCUCUGCUGACAUCAGACAUGUGGGCUGUUGUGAUUCGCAUCUUUGCUUACCAUGAGAAGGUUGAUUGGAUGUACUUUGCAGCCUUUGCUGCUGUUGCUGUUGGGCUGGUCGUUUAUUCAGGGGUUCCAAAGGUUGGAUUAUGGAAAACAUUUUUGGAUGAAGUAGGUCUGACUGAAUUUGAUGCAAGGGGUGACAAGGAAGAGGAUCAACGCUGUGCUGAUGUUGCUGAUGAAGAUGCUGAGAGAAGUAAGCACUUCGAUGAGGAGGCUUGUUCUGGAAUUCGCAGUCAAAAAUCUGUACUUGGGAGCUCAAAAACCAGGGAUGGUACCAAGCGUGAUCUUGCUAGCACCAGCAUUGGAGGUGAGCAAAACAUUGAAAACAAGAAUGUGGGAAAUGAUGUAUGGGGGAAGAAAUCAUGA